AUGGGGGUGGCGCAAGUACACACAGAGCCAACAAAUGGCACGGGUUCAAAACCAUUUACACUGUGUGUGUUCUGUGGAUCAAGUGAAGGAAACAAUCCCAGAUUCCGCGAUGCUGCCAGAGCGCUAGCAAAAUUGAUGGCGAAGAGAUCAUGGUCACUAGUGUACGGGGGCGGGACCAUAGGGCUGAUGGGAGUACUUGCUGGAGAGGUAGUGACUUUGCAGGGGCCUGAUGCGGUGCACGGCAUUAUUCCACGGGCGCUUCUGCAAGGCGGAUCGGCGCCGGCGUUUGACCAGUUCGGGCGCACAACAGUGGUGGCUAGCAUGCACGAGCGAAAGCGGAUGAUGGCAGAGGAGGCAGAUGCCUUCGUGGCAUUACCUGGUGGGUUCGGAAUGCUUGAGGAGUUACUCGAAAUGACGACAUGGAGUCAGCUGGGUAUUCAUGCGAAACCAGUGGUUGUAUUCAACGUAUCCGGCUUUUUCGACGGUGUGUUCGAGUGGAUGCAGACUGCGAUCAGGUUCGGGUUCAUCUCUGACGCUCAACUGGGGUUGAUUGGACAGGCACGCACAGUCGAGGAGUUGGCGACGAUUGUUACCAUCCGAGAUGUUGCUCCGGGACGAUAUACGUUCCUGGACUGGUCGUAG